CCGACCGAAAGCGCGAUGUGGCCACGGCGGCCCGCGCUCCUCCGGCUGCUGCUGGUGCUGCUCGCCUGGGCGCCGUGCGCGCUGCCCGCCGCGGCCGCCCCGCCGUUCAGCCCCGAGGCCUGGCUGCAACAGUAUGGGUAUUUGCCCCCGGGCGACCUUCGCACACACACCCAGCGGUCUCCCCAGUCCGUCUCCGCCGCAAUAGCUGCCAUGCAGCGUUUCUACGGACUUCGGGUGACGGGCACGGCUGAUGCCGAGACUUUGAGGGCUAUGAAGAGGCCUCGCUGCGGUGUCCCGGAUAAAUUUGGGUCGGAAAUCAAAGCCAAUGUGAGGCGCAGGCGCUAUGCAAUCCAGGGACUGAAGUGGCAGCAAUUUGAUCUUAGCUUCUGCAUCCAGAACUACACACCCAAGGUCGGCGAACAGGCCACCUUUGCCGCCAUCCGACGCGCCUUCCGGGUCUGGCAGUCGGUGACGCCGCUGCGCUUCCGCGAGGUGCCUUACGCGGCCGUGCGCGAGGGCCGCGAACCGCAGGCAGACAUCAUGAUCUUCUUUGCGGACGGCUUCCACGGGGACAGCACCCCCUUCGAUGGCGAAGGCGGCUUCCUGGCCCAUGCCUACUUCCCUGGGCCCCACAUUGGAGGUGACACUCACUUUGAUGCAGCUGAGCCCUGGACGUCUCGCAAUGAUGACCUCAGUGGAAAUGACAUUUUCCUUGUUGCUGUCCAUGAGUUGGGUCAUGCCCUGGGACUGGAGCAUUCAAAUGACCCCUCUGCCAUCAUGGCCCCUUUCUACCAGUGGAUGGACACGGAGAACUUCGAGCUGCCGGAAGAUGACCGGCAGGGCAUACAGCAGCUCUAUGGAUCUGAAGUUGGCCACCCCACCAAACCUCCACGGAUCCCACGCACCACUCCGAAGCCCCGAAACCCUCACAGGCCCCCCAAGAACCCAACCUAUGGCCCCAACAUCUGUGAUGGACGGUUUGACACCAUUGCUGUACUCCGGGGCGAGAUGUUUGUCUUUAAGGAUAAAUGGUUUUGGCGAGUGCGGAAUAACCGUGUGAUGGACGGAUACCCUCUCCCCAUCGGCCAGUUCUGGGUGGGUCUUCCCUCAACGAUCAACACAGCGUACGAGAGGAAAGAUGGAAAAUUUGUCUUUUUCAAAGGAGACAAGCACUGGGUUUUCAAUGAAGCCAACUUGGAACCUGGAUACCCCAAACACAUCAAGGAGCUAGGAAGGAGGCUUCCCACAGAUCGGAUUGACGCUGCACUUUUCUGGAUGCCAAGUGGAAAAACAUACUUCUUCCGGGGAAAUAAAUAUUAUCGCUUCAACGAGGAGAGCAGAUCGGUCGACGCGGACUACCCCAAGAACAUCGAUGUCUGGGAAGGAAUCCCUGAAUCACCCCGCAGUGCAUUUAUGGGCAGUGAUGAGGCAUUCACCUACUUUUAUAAGGGAGACCGCUACUGGAAGUUUAAUAAUGAGAAACUGAAGGUGGAACCGGGAUACCCCAAGUCGGUGCUCCGAGACUGGAUGGGAUGUCGCUCUGAUGACCGGCGUGAGGGAGAAGAAGUGAUCAUUAUCGAGGUGGACAAUCCCGAGGAAGGGGGGCUGAACGCAGCCGCGGUGGUGGUACCCGUCCUGCUGCUCCUCACGAUCUGUGCCCUGGGGGUCGCCAUCCUCAUCUUCAAGCGUUACGGCACGCCCAAACGGUUGCUCUAUUGUCAGCGUUCUCUGCUGGACAAGGUGUGACCUGCGUUUCGCCUGGCUUGGGAGUAGAGGUCUCACCUGCCUCCUCCCCCCCGUCUGCCACAAUUUGGCUCCGGACCCCUAGUUGCCAUCUUUUGGGUCAUCCUGUUCUGGCACCCUCCCCCCUGCUUCUGCCUCCUUCUUCCGUACGACCUCUGGUUCAUCCUGCCUGCCUGCUGGCCACCAGCCACGUUCUCUCUCCAAGGGGUUUCCUUAACCAGGGCUGGUCCUCUGCCUUUGUUUGCCUUCUCCUGCCUUCCCUCCUGUCUCUCCCUUCUGCAUCGGUCCCCUUUCCACUGUGUUUCCAUUGUCCGCCCUCACCCUACUGGGCAGUGGGUGUGCUGAGCACACUCCCUAGUGUAAUUCAAUGAGGCAUAAAGUAGAGGAUCACGCUCUACGGGGCUUAUGGCGAUGCCAACCUCAUAGCCACCCUCUUGCAAGGGGGCAUCCUUUGACCUUGCAGAGAAAGGAGACGCUUAUUUCGACCUACCAGCUUGCAAAGCCGGUGGGCGGAAGCCAACCCUGCGAAUACUUUAGGCUCUCGUGAUCAUCCCAGGGACCUUCGAUCUAAAAUAUUGGUCGCCAGAUCUCUCUCACCACCCUUCCGGUCUUUCCUUCCGAGGGCAAAGAGAAUUUACUGGUGGGGAAGCCAUGGUCUCCCCUGCAUUGCCCAACCAAGCAGCAGUGGGUAGGGGAGCUGCAGGUUUUGGCCUGAUAGUGGGUGAAGCAUUAUAGACCGCAAAGGGAAACGGCCCUUUCCAGGGGGAGACCAUGGAGCCGGAAGGAAUUACAGCAUUCCAAAGGGGACACUCUCAUUCCAUUGGGCAAGGCUUGAAAAGCGGGGAGGAGCCAUGGCUGACCAGUCCAAGUGCUUAUGGAGACUACCCAAUCAGGAAUAGCAGGGAAAGAAGUGGGUGGGAUGCAAGGGGCGGAGGGUCUGGCCCAUUCGCCAACCUUUUUCUUGGGGGUGGGGAGGAAUCUUGAAGGGCCUAACCUAGUUCAGGUGGGGAGGGGGCAAGCAGAGCUUUCCCCAUGAUGUAAUGGAGUGGACCAUUGGUACUUUGACCGUAAUGGAAAACAGGGCAUGUUUGAGAGAGGGGGGAGAAUGGUUGUGUGGGCUAGAGAAGAUGUUUGCCUAGAACAGUUGUCCCCAUCCUGGUGCCUUCCAGAUGUUGAGAUCACAGGUGGCAUGGGGGGUCCAAAAAAAGUGAAGAUGGGGGCCACCUUGAUGGACAUGUUGACUUUUUUUUUUACCUCUCCCAUGGACACCCCAGGUUAGAUCUAAAUUCUCAAUACUCGGUCAUUUGGGCCAAGAAUUUUGGGAGGGGAGUCCCCCAUAUCCCUGCAGGGCACCUGGCUGGAGAUGGAGGAGGUCAGCCAAGUUCAAAUGUUGGCAGUGCCGCUUCUGGAAGUGUUUACUUCUUCAUCUGACGAUACUUGCGUGACGUUUACAGUCGUCACUUAAAAUCCAUUCCAGAUUCUGCAAAAAUGAAAGAGAGCAAUAUUUUGCAAAGGGGGGGAAGAGGAGAACUGCCUCAAACUGCCUUUAUCAUCCUGUGUCUUGAUUUUUGUUUUUUGAGUAUGUAAUUUUAAUUAUUAUACAGAAAUGCCUUUUUUUUAAAAAAAGCAAGGAGUUAAAAAUAGCGCAUUAAUGGGGUGUGGGAAAUAGAAUAGGCAUAGGAGGAGAAUUUCAAAAAUCCUGCAGGCCGGGAACUGGGUGCCUUACAAUCUCUCCUUUCCUGCCCAGUGCAUUUUUAACUGGGGCAGGGUGGGCGGGCUGGCUAUAUAAGUAUUUUCAAAUGGUCUCCAAACGGAAUUAAACUGUGUUUAACGAUAGAAUUGUUUGUGGGUGGGGUUUAAUAUUGUUUAUUGUUCUACUUUAUUAUUGUUAUUAUUUUGUUAUUAAUAAUAAACACCCGUUCUUUGGAAGGGAAAUAUAUGUCAAAUUGCUGCAGCCUGUAAUGUAGGCUGUUUAAUUCUGUUAUUCCUUUUAAUGUUAGCAGUAAUAAUAAAAAAAACCCACCAUUUCUGGGUGGAAAUGGACUCAAAA